UUAUGUUUGAGUAAAAACACAGAAGAAGAAACAUCUAUCUUCUUCUUCCAAUCAUAAUUGAAAGGAAGGAGGUAGGAAAGGGUUGAAUAAAGUUUAGAACUUAUAUUCAAAACAAAAAAAAAAUUGCUUUUGUUGUCUUUAGAAAAAAAACACAAAAAAUAAACAUGACUCGUGGGGCUAUCAUAGCUUUGAUGGUUUGCCUUAUGGCAACAGCAGUGAGGUCUGAAGAUCCUUAUGUGUACUAUACAUGGAAGGUUACCUAUGGUAACAUUGCACCUUUGGGUACUCCUCAAAAGGGUAUUCUCAUCAACGGUCAAUUCCCGGGACCUGAAAUUAACGGUACCAGCAACAACAACAUUGUAGUUAACGUUUUCAACAACCUUGAUGAGCCACUCCUUUUCACAUGGAGCGGUAUUCAACAAAGGAAAAACUCGUGGGCCGAUGGAACAUCGGGAGUCCAAUGUCCUAUUGCCCCGGGAACCAACUACACCUACAAAUUCCAGGUUAAGGAUCAAAUUGGUAGUUACUUUUACUACCCUACUACCGGUCUCAUGAGAGCUGCCGGUGGUAUCGGUGGAAUUAGAGUCUACAGCCGAUUGUUGAUCCCUGUCCCAUAUGCUGAUCCCGCUGACGAAUAUUGGGUUCUUAUGGGUGAUUGGUACGGAAAGAGUCACACUCAAUUGCAAAAGUUCCUUGACAGUGGCCGAUCCAUGGGAAGACCUGAUGGAGUCCACAUCAUGGGAAAAUCCAACAGUGCUGAGCCACUCUACAAAAUGGAGCCAGGAAAGACCUACAAGUACAGACUCUGCAACGUUGGUCUCAAGGAUUCUCUUAACUUCAGAAUCCAAGAUCACCCAAUGAAGCUCGUCGAAAUGGAAGGUUCCCACACCGUUCAAAACGUUUAUGAUUCCCUUGACGUUCACGUAGGACAAUGCUUCUCUGUCCUCGUGACUGCUGACAAGGAACCCAAGCAAUACAAAAUGGUCGCUUCCACACGUUUCACCAAGACCGUUCUUACCACAACUGCUGUUAUCUCUUACACUAACGGUAAUGGCCCUGCCUCACCUGUUCUCCCACCUGCACCAGUUGGUUGGGCUUGGUCUUUGAACCAGGUUCGUUCUUUCCGCUGGAACUUAACCGCUAGUGCUGCUAGGCCCAAUCCUCAAGGUUCUUACCAUUACGGACAGAUCAACAUCACCCGUACCAUCAAGCUCGUUAACAAUCCUUUUAACAUUGAUGGAAAGCUUCGUUAUACUCUUAACGGAGUUUCCCACGAGGACGAUGAAACCCCACUCAAGCUUGCUGAAUACUAUGGUGUUGCUAACAAGGUUUUCCAAUACGACCUCACCUCUGAUAAUCCCCCUGCUGUCAUCGGUAACCUUAGAGUGGAAGCUAAUGUCCUCAACGUCACUUUCCGCACCUUCGUUGAGAUCAUCUUCGAGAACCCUACAAAGGUCAUCCAGUCUUACAAUUUGGAUGGUUACUCUUUCUUCGCCGUGGCUGUUGAGCCAGGCAAAUGGACACCAGAGAAGAGAAAGAACUACAACCUUUUGGAUGCAGUGAGCAGGCACACAGUGCAAGUGUUCCCCAAGUCAUGGGCCGCAAUUAUGUUGACAUUCGACAACGCUGGUAUGUGGAACUUGAGAUCAGAAAUGGCUGAGAACAGGUACCUUGGCCAACAAAUGUACAUGAGUGUGUUGUCCCCUGAAAAAUCCAACAGGGAUGAGUACAAUCUUCCAGAUACUCAUCAAGUCUGCGGCAUUGUCAAGGAUAUGCCAAGGCCUGCACUACAAUACACUUAAUUUUAUCAUUCAUGCAUUCAAAGAUGCAUAUAUGGGCUGGUUUUCUUUGAUUUUUAUUCUUAUUGCAUGGUAGCUGAUGUAUAAAUCAACCCUUUCCUAUAAUGUGUACUAUGAUUUUACCCACAAUAUAUAUGUACU